GGAGCUGGAAGGACCUCCGAGCCGGGCGGGAUCAGCUGUAAAGAAGGGGGGGCAACAACAACAACAACAACAACAACAACAACAACAACAAGCAAAACAACUCUAAAUGCAGAAUAAAAACACACACAGUCCGGCAGAUCUCUAAAAAAGACAAACACACUCAUUCACUAUUAGGAGGCUCUCUGUUUGCAGCGCGUGCGCAAACAGUGGACGCAACUUGGGGAAAAGAAACAUUCGUGUGUGUGUGUGUGUGUGUGCGUGUGUGUGCGCGUGUGUGUGCGUGUUGGGGGGCGGGUGCAGGGCGCAUCAUGCCACACUCCAGCGCACUGUGCGUGUACUUGUUCACGCUCCUGACCCCGGUGGUGACCGUCACCGAGGACGUGGAGGUGCUGGUGUUCCUGCCGCAGAACAACUCCUUCCCGUUCUCGCACGCGCGAGUCGCGCCCGCGAUCUUUUACGCGCAGCGGCGGCUGCGGGCGGACGCGGACGCGUUCUCCGGGUUCCGCUUCAACGUCCAGUUCGAGGACUCCGACUGCGUGAACGACGCCAUGUUCGCGCUGGUGGACCGGUCGUGCGCGCGCAAGCCGGACCUGAUCCUGGGGCCGGUGUGCGAGUACGAGGCUGCGGCCGUGGUGAGGCUGGCGUCCCGCUGGGACAUCCCGGUGAUCUCGGCAGGUGCCCUGGCCGCCGGCUUCGGCGACAAGCAGGGCGAGUACUCCCACCUGACCCGCAUCGCGCCGCCGCACGUGAAGAUGGCGGAGACGUUCGCCGCGAUGUUCGAGCACUUCACGUGGAGGAGCGCGCUGCUCGUGUACGAGGACGACAAGGGGGAGCGGAACUGCUACUUCACGCUGGAGGGGGUCUACCACCUGAUGGCCGACUUCAACAUCAAGACCUACGCCUUCGAGGAGCGCGUGGACACCGACGACGUCCUCCAGAACAUCCAGGACACCGAAGUGGUGAUCAUGUGCAUGGGAGCGGAUCAGAUACGAGAGAUCAUGCUGGCCGCACACCGACGACGGUUGACCAACGGCAAUUAUAUGUUCUUUAACGUUGAACUCUUCAACGCCUCUUCUUACGGCAAUGGUUCGUGGAAGAGAGGAGAUAAAUAUGACAACGAUGCGAGGCAAGCCUAUGCUUCUCUGAACACGUUGACACUGCUCAGGACAGUCAAGCCCGAGUUUGAAAACUUCUCCAUGGAAAUGAAAAAGUCCAUAGAAAACGAAGGGUAUCAUGACUGCAAAGACUGCGGAAGUGUCAACAUGUUUGUGGAGGGAUUCCAUGACGCCAUGUUGCUGUAUGCCAUCGCCCUGCACGAAGCCAUGAAGAAUGGAUACAGUAAGAAGAACGGGACGGAGAUCACCUCCCGCAUGUGGAACAGAACCUUUGAAGGGAUUGCUGGCCAGGUAUCUAUGGACGUCAAUGGUGACAGAAAUGGAGAUUUCUCUUUGAUGGCGAUGACGAAUGUUGAAGCAGGAACCUAUGAGGUGGUGGCCAACUACUUUGGUGAGAAUGGGACUUUUCAGCUGCUGCCGGCCUUCAACACGGACCAUUUCACCCUGAAAGGAAGACAUAUAGCACAGAAAGAGAUAGCAGACAAAUCAUGCGGACUAGGAGUAUCAGCUUUGACGGGAGUCAUAGUGGGAGCUGUUCUGGGAACUGCUAUGCUUAUCGCAUUCUACUUUUUCAGAAAAAACUACAGGAUUACCAUUGAGCGUCGCACGCACAGUGAAGAGUGCGACACUGGGAAGCACCGUCAGUUACGAGAGGACUCCAUCAGAUCGAACUUCUCGGCAGCGUAAU